AUGACAAGAAAAAUCUAUCCCAAACCUCAGUCUCACUCGGACGGGGAGUCUCACGCAGAUGUAAAAGAAGAGUCUCCUCUCCUGCCCAGUCCUCCGGUAACACCGUCUAUGUGCUCGCAUCCGACCCUGGCCUCCCCGACGCCAGUUCGGUCCACGGGGAAAAACCAGUGUGCCAACUGCGGCACAGAGAUCCAAGACAGAUACCUACUGAAAGUGAACAAUUUGAAUUGGCACGUGGGGUGUCUGGAGUGUUCAGUCUGCAGAGUAUCAUUACGUCAGCACAAUAGCUGCUACAUCAAAAACAAAGAAAUAUUUUGCAAAUUGGAUUAUUUCAGUAAGUUUGGCACCAAGUGUGGCCAGUGCAGGCGCCAGGUGUAUGCCAGUGACUGGGUGCGGCGGGCGCGGGGCAGUGUGUACCACCUGGCCUGCUUCGCCUGCUACUCCUGUAAGAGGCAGCUGUCCACAGGGGAGGAGUUUGGUCUGGUGGAGGGCAGGGUGCUAUGUCGAGCCCACUACGACACCAUGGUGGAGAACCUCCAGAGAGCGGCUGAGAACGGGACGGGUCUCACUUUGGAGGGAGCCUUCCCCUCUGAUCAGGAUGGCCAACCCAAACCAGCCAAGAGAGCACGUACUUCCUUCAGCGCUGAGCAGCUACAGGUGAUGCAGUCUCAGUUUAACCAAGACAACAACCCUGAUGCCCAGACUCUACAGAAGCUGUCAGACAUGACAGGACUGAGCAGACGGGUCAUACAAGUUUGGUUUCAAAACUGCAGAGCAAGACAUAAAAAGCACCCUCCCCCCCAGCACAACGGUCACCUCCAGGGAGCCCCCCAUCCCCACUCCAGAAUCCCCCCCUCACUGCCAGACAACCUCUACUCCCCCUUCAGCAGUCCCGACAGACCACACCUGCUGGCUCUGCAUGGAUACAUAGACAGUCAUCCCUUCUCGAUGCUCGCCCCUAACCACCUCACCCACCCAGGCAUGACCUUACCACAGUUACCCAUCAGCCGCUAA